ACUCUUAUUCGUGUUUUUGACCCAAAAAGCAAAAUAUUCUGAUAAUGACCCAUAAAUCAGCCUGUUCACUAUUACAAUGACGUGCCGCCGCUCCUUCUCCCUCUCUCGCGGGAGCACGUGCCGCGUGUUUUGGUGUGUCUGUGGGGAGGGAGAGCUGCAGCUGGUGGGCUCGCGGGGUGGGCACGGGGGAGAGGUGGGUAUGCUGGUGAGUGCUGAGCCCCGCAGACCCUGCAGGAAGAGAGUGAACAGGGCUGAACGAGGUUUGGGGGCGAUGGGGAGGCAGGAGGGCGCUGAGCGCGGGACCGGUGCCACGAGCGAGAGCGCGCGCGCUGUGGUGAAGAUGAGCCCGGCCGCCGGAGUGAAGACGCACCAGCACAGACACAGCCUCGCGCGCAGAUUCGCGCUGAUGGAGACUCUGGGUAAAGGCACCUACGGGAAGGUGAAGAGAGCCGUGGAACGAGAAACCGGGAAAACCGUGGCCAUUAAAUCUAUAAAGAAGGAGAGGCUCAGUGAGGAUCUGGACAGAGCCCACAUCAGGAGAGAGAUAGAAAUCACAUCCUCUCUGUCUCAUUCAAACAUCAUCCAGAUUUAUGAAGUGUUUGAGAGCAGAGAGAAGAUUGUGAUGGUGAUGGAGUACGCCAGUGGAGGAGAGCUGUAUGAAUACAUUCAGACCAGACAAAGACUUACCGAGGAGGAGGCCCGAUACUUCUUCAGACAGAUCACCUCUGCAGUGCUUUACUGCCAUACAAAUGGAGUCGUUCAUCGAGAUCUCAAACUUGAGAACAUUUUACUGGACCAGGACCUGAAUGUCAAGCUGGCUGACUUUGGAUUAUCUAACCAAUAUCAAAAAGGCCAUUUCCUGCAGACCUUUUGUGGGAGCCCCCUCUACGCAUCACCAGAGAUCAUCAACGGGCUGCCGUACCAAGGCCCAGAGGUGGAUUGCUGGGCUCUGGGUGUGUUGCUCUAUGCUCUGGUUUAUGGUUUGAUGCCUUUUGAUGGAGGAAAUUAUAGCGUCCUUAGAGAGCAAAUCAGCCAGGGAAGAUACAGGAAACCAAACACUCACUCAGAUGCUUACACUCUGAUUGGCUGGAUGCUGACGGUCAAUGUGGAGGACAGAGCUACUGUGGACGAUGUUGCAAAGCACUGGUGGCUGAACCCAACCUGCACAAAGACUGCAAACGAGCGCAGACGCAAGGAUUUUAAUCUCUCUGACCAGUCCACUCCGCACGCCAAAAUCCAUCCCAGCUUUCUCACAGAACUGGGAGAUGAAGGAACACGAGGUACCAUCCCUCCCAGAAAGAGCUGUAAGGAGAGAACAGUUCAGCACCAUGACUACACCACCUAUUACCCACCCGUACUGCCACCCUGGCACCCAACAUCUCCCUCACAUAACUGCCAACUGGACAAACUGGCCAAGAAAGGCAUUCUGAAAAAACGUUACAAACAGGGUGAUAUUACAAACACGCCCUCGCAAGUAAACUCGGACACAGGACAGAACGGCGGAGGUGGUGAAGUCAUUUUCCAGGACAGUGACAGUAACAGGACAGAGGAUAGCAGGAGGAAGAGGGGUAUUCUCAAACAUAACAUGUGUUCAUCUCUAAACCUGCCAUCAGACACAUCACCAAACCACACACCAGAUACAACGUGGUCAGAUGACAGCAUCCAUGAGCAAAGCUGCUUAACUAAUCCAUAUAAAGAUGAGGAUCUUUUAUUGACUGGAAUCAAAUCACCGCUCUGUUUGUUGUAAGAUAUAUGUUAUAUGUGUGAUUAUGGCAAUCAAUGAUAGGUAAUCAGAAAAUGUGGAGACAGUGACAUUAAUAUAGCUUCCACAGUCAUUAGAAUUAGGACAGUCCAAGAAAACCUUUGUUUUUUUGAACAUACAGCUCUGGAAAAAAAUAAGAGACCACUUUAGUUGCUGAAUCAGUUUCUCUGAUUUUGCUAUUUAUAGGUUUAUGUUUGAGUAAAAUGAACAUUGUUGUUUUAGUUGCUAAUCUACGGACAACAUUUCUCCAAAUUCCAAAAAAAGUAAUUUAGAGCAUUUAUUUGCAGAAAUUGAGAAAUGGCUGAAAUAACAAAAAUGACGCAGAGCUUUCAGACCUCAAAUAAUGCAAACAAAAGUGGAAUAACCCUGUUUUUUAUUCACAGUUUAAUGCAUCUCGGCAUGUUCUCCUCCACCAGUCUUUAACACUGCUUUUGGAUAACGUUAUGCCACAACUGGUGCAAAAAUGCAAGCAGUUCAGCUUGGUUUGAUGGCUUGUGAUCAUCCAUCUUCCUCUUGAUUUUCCUGAAGUUUUCAAUUUGGUAAAAUAAAAGAAACUCAUCAUUUUUAAGUGGUUUCUUAUUUUUUAGCUGUAUUUAAUCAUAUGGAUAUUUGGGCUUCCAUCAAGUUCCAAUCACUUCCAUGACCACAGGUGUAUAUAAGCAGCAGCUAGGCCUGCUUCUACAAACAUUAGUGAAAAAAGGGGUCACUCUCAGGAGCUCAGUGAAUUCCAGCGUGGUACCGUGAUAGGAUGCCACCUGUGCAACAAGUCCAGUUGUGAAUUUUCCUCCCUACUAAAUAUUCCACAUUCAACUGUCAGUGAUAUUAUAACAAAGUAGAAGCGACUCAGAGAACACUGGCUGAUCAGUAAUUCUGCAUCAGCAGCAGUUGGAAAAGAGGUGGUGGCUGACUUCACGUAUGACUUCAUGUAUUGGAGGCAGCAUGUGCUAGUAUUCAUCCUGUGUGUGUUGGGGCAUCACUAGUGAGUGCUUUGGGUAAUGGCUUUGUAAAUUGUGGAGAAAAUGGGAGAAAAUGGGAAACAAAAUUCUAUAUAAAAAAAAAAAAACAGGAUUAACUUACCCAACAAGCGCUCUGUGUGUAUCUAUCCGUUCAGUAUUCAGUUCUCUUUGACCUUAAAUUAAGAUGUUUAGGCAACCACAGCUCUCUAAGCCCGGAAUGUAAAUUUUAAUAUCAUAGUUUUAUAGCCUUUAUUAGUAUUACUUCAUGCUACAGUGGCUUGCAAGUAUUCAUACACCUUGAACUGUUUCACAUUUGUCACCUUAAAAUUAUAAAUGUUAAUUUAUUUUAUUGAGAUUUUAAGUGACAGACCAACACAAAGUAGCACAUAACUGUGAAGUGGAAUGAAAAUGAUUUUCAAAAAAAAAAAAAAAAAAAAAAUCUAAAAAAGUGUGACAUGCAACUGUAUUCAGCAUUUAGUCAUAGUAGUAGAACCACCUUUCACUGAAAUUACAGCUGCAAGUGUCUUAUGGAGUUUAUCUUUCUGAGAUUUUUGCCCAUUCUUCUCUAUAAAACAGCUCAAGCUCACCCAGGUUGGAUGGAGAGUGUCUGUAAACAACAAUGUUCAUGUCUUGCCACAGAAGCUCAACGAAUUUAAGACUGGGUCAUUCUAGGACAUUAAUAUUCUUUUAUAUAAAUCAUUCCACCGUAGCUCUGGCUGUAUGUUUAGGGUCAUUGUCUUGCUGGAAGGUGAAUCUUCCUCCCAGUCUCAGGUCUUUUGCAGCCUCCAACUGAUUUUUUUUCCCAGGAUUGCCCUGUAUUUAGCUCCAUUCAGCUUCCCAUUAACUCUGACCAGCUUCCCUGUCUCUGCUGAAGAAAAGCAUCCCCACAGUAUGAUGCACCCACCACCAUGUUUCACAGUAGGGAUGGUGUGUUUAGGGUGAUGAGCAGUGUUACUUUUCCACCACACAUAGCAUUUUGCAUUUAGGCCUAACAUCUACAUGGCUUGCGGCAAACUGCAAACAACACUUCUUAUGUCUUAUUGCCAUUCUUCUAUAUAGCACAGAUUUGUGGAGUGCACAACUUAUAGUUGUCCUGUGAACAGAUUAUUCCACC